AUGUCGUCCCCCGCUAGUGCCAGCGACGUUGAUUCGGUCAAGGUCAAGAUGGACGAGGACGAAAUCGACGUCCGUGAUGACGAUCGUCACGAAAACGGCGAAGACAACGACAAUGACAAUGAAGAGAUGGAUGAUAGUAGUGAGGAGGAGGAUGAUGAUGAUGAGGAGGAGAUUGCUAGGGUCCGACAAGGCUUCAUUGUGGACGACGACGAAGAGGAAGAAGAAGUGGACAAACCGAGACGAAAACUCAAGAAACGACGACGAGUGAUCCCCGAAGACACCGACGACAAACCCCCCACGCCCGCCGAGAACGACCAUCUCGACGAAGAUGAUUUGGACCUCCUCAUGGAGAACACGGGCGCGCCCCGAGAACGGCACUUUAAGCGUCUCAAGCGAGCAGGCGAUGACGACUCCUCCGACCGCCAGAAGGGACUCGCCGACAUGUUCUCCGACGAGGAAGAACAGCCCGCGCCGGUCGAACAGCGCAACGAGUUCGACGACUUCAUUGAAGACGACGAGUUCAGUGAGGAUGACGCACCAACACGGGGACGUGAGUCGCAGCGAGAGUCACGUGCCACUGGCGCUCCGGCCGCGUUCCUUUCCAAGGACGUGGGCAUCGAUGAUGACAAGCUCAACGAGAUCUACGAAGUGUUUGGCGACGGAGAGGAGUACGCAUGGGCCCUGGACGCGGAGGAGGACCGCGAGCGUGCCCAGGAGGAGUACGAGGACGAGGGACGUGCUGGUCCAGAGCUCAGAGACGUGUUCGAGCCGUCUGAGCUGAGAGAACGACUCCUGACCGACGAGGAUAAUGACAUCCGGGCACGUGACGAGCCCGAGCGGUACCAGCUUCUGCGUCAGUCGAUCGACAAGUACGAUCUGUCGGACGAGGACUUUUCCAAGGAGUGCGAGUGGGUGGCUAGCCGUUUGAAGACCAUGAAACAGGAGCAUGUUCCGCCCCACCUCGAUUCCGAGUACGAGACUGCGGUCUCCAAGGUACUGGAGUUCAUUGCCAAGGAGAAUCUCGAGGUUCCGUUCAUCUGGCAUCAUCGUCGAGACUUUCUUACCCAUGUUUCGAAACAUGAAAAGUUCAAGGCCAAGGUUGAGGAUGACGAGUAUGAGCCGACGUUGGAGGCACCUGUGGCAUCCACCACCGAAGAAACCAAGGAGAUUGAGUACACAACCGUCGAGUUGCUGUCUCUGGACGACCUGUGGAUGAUUGUGCAGCUUGAUCUCGAUUACCACGGCAUUGUGGAGAAACAGCAGCAGCUGGAGCGGUUGCGAACCCAAGCGGGAGUGUCCAAGACUGGAAACCAUUCAUUCAUCAACGAUUUCGCCAACUCUGCCUCGUUGCAGGACACUCAAGACGCCAUUGAGUAUGUGCAAUUUCGGUUUUCCGGCGAGCUCGGCGAUUUGCAGUCCGGGUCGUCGAAGCGACAUUCUCGGUACGCCAGAUACGACCGAAUUCGAGCCAGCAAGCUGUAUGGUCUGGUCAGACAGUUUGGUAUCUCCUCCGACGAGUUUGCAGAGAACCUGGAAACCUCCACGCGUAUCAACUACACAGAGGAUAACGCGCGAGCUCCAGCUGACCUUGCCACCGACUAUUUGAACGAUUCCAGCCUGGUCCUGAGUGACGCCGCAUCGGCGCUCGAGAGCGCGACUCAGAUGUUUGCCAUGGAGCUGGCAUUUGACCCGCGGGUGCGGCGGUAUGUGCGUCAGCAGUUUGCGCAGCUCGCCAAGAUUGACGUGUAUGCAACCGAGGCGGGUUCCAGUCAGAUUGACGAAGCACACCCAGCUUACGAGUUCAAGUACUCGCGAAAUCUGUCAUUUGAGGAGCUCAGAAAAUCGCCCAAACUGUACCUUCAGAUGCUGCAGGCCGAGGCUAAGGGCCUGGUGAAUGUCCGAGUGUCGUACCCUGAUUUCAAAACCAAGUUCAUCGAUCUUCUGCUGAGUAAGCUGCAGAGCGAUGGCGUGUCUGACAUUGCCAGUCAAUGGAACACCCAGCGACGGGCGGUGGUUCGAAUUGCAAUGAAGACUCUCGUUCCCAUGGUCACUCGAUCUAUCAAGGAGGAGUUGAGGAACGACUGUGAGCGGCAACUCUUCUUUGAGCUGCGUCGCAUGUUUGGCAGAAAGUUGAACCAGGCUCCUUUCAAGCCGCGAAACUACGAAAAGGGCACAGUUCCAAGAGUGUUGGCGCUUUCUGCCGGCCAGGCUGAUUUUCGACGAGACGCCGUGGUUGGCGUUUUUGUCGAUGAGGAAGGCCGAGUGGCUGAACGGGCCAAGCUCGGAGCUCCACAAACCCAGGAGUUCACCAACGCGCUGUCCGAGAUGGUCAAGCGUCGAACUCCCGAUCUUAUCGCCUUCUCGGGCCAGACAGUCCAAUCCCACAGACUCAAGAGCGUGAUUGAAGAGGUUGUUCGAACGCAGGGUCUGGAGGCCGAGGGAGAGCCUCUGGAGGUGCGAUGGGUGCAGGAUGAGGUUGCCUGCCUGUUCAGAAACUCCGCCGGUGCCCUGGUGGAGUUUGCAGACUCGCCUCCUCUGGAACGGUACUGUGUGGCUCUUGCGCGGUAUGUUCAGAGCCCCCUGCUGGAGUAUCUUUCGCUGGGCAAGGAAAUCAAGGCGAUUCCCAUGGUGGAUUUCCAGUCGUUGAUUUCUGAGGACCGCUUCUACGAGGCCGUGGACUCGACUUUUGUCGAUUACGUCAAUCUCGUGGGAGUCGACAUCAAUGAGGCCAUUAGAGACGCUUACGUGGCUCGAAUGCUGCCCUACAUUGCUGGUUUGGGCCCCCGAAAGGCGUCUGGUCUGACUCACAAAAUCCAGUCUCGUGGCUAUCUCGGCACUCGUCUGGAUCUCAUCACCGAGAAGCUGUGUGGAAAGAAUGUCUUUAUGAACGUGGCUUCGUUCCUGCGUCUUCCUUACGACAAGCGAUCGGUUCGUCACGAGGAGACGGAACUUCUGGACGCCACUCGAAUCCAUAUUGAGGAUUACGAACUGGCGAAAAAGAUGGCUGCUGAUGCCCUUGAGCUCGACGAGGAAGAUCUUCUGGAGUUUGAGUCCGAGGGAGGAGUUAUUGCUCAACUGAUGAAGGAGGGCGCCGAGAAGCUCAACGAGCUCAUUCUGGAGGGCUACGCCGAGGAACUCGAGCAGAAACUCGGCAAGAAGAAGCGGUACACUCUGGAGAUGAUCCGAAGAGAGCUCAUCAACCACUACGAGGAGCUGCGGGAGCCGUUACACGUGCUGACCGACCUUGAGGUCUUCACUAUGCUCACCGGAGAGACGGAAAAAUCGCUGCAUCCCGGUUCCGUCGUGGCGGUGCAGAUUAGAAGAAUCUCCGACAGAUACCUUGCGGUGCGUCUUUCGUGCGGAAUUCAGGGCAACGUGACCCAGGACCGGAUCACCGACCAGCGAGGAGUGCAUCCGUCGGCGCUGUUUCACCAUCAACAGACGAUUCGAGCGGUCGUCAUGGAGGUGUCAUACUCGAAUUUCUCCGCAGAGUUGUCGUGUCUCCACCGAGACAUUUCUGACGCGCAAAAACGAGCCCGUCAGGUGAAGAGACCGCGAGAUCAAUGGGACUUUGAAGCGGAGGCCGCCGACAAGUCCGCCCAGGAGGUGCGUCGUGAGGUGGAGCAGCGAAAGACUCGAGUCAUCAAGCAUCCUCUGUUCAAGCUCUUCUCUGGCUCCGAUGCCGAAAAGUUCCUCUCUACACUUCCCCGUGGAGAGCUUGUCAUCAGACCCUCGUCACGUGGCACAGAUCACAUUGCCGUCACGUGGAAGGUCGGUGAUGGCAUUUACCAGCACAUUGACGUCGUGGAGCUCGGCAAGGAAAACGAGUAUGCGCUUGGAAAGACUCUCAUGGUCGGCACCUCCAAGUACUCCGAUCUCGAUGAGCUCAUCGCCAUGCAUGUCAAGUCCAUGGCUCGAAAGGUAGACGAGCUGUGCCAUUCGGACAAGUACUCGGCCGACUCCAUUGCCGAGACGGAGCAGAGUAUGGACUCGUAUCUACGAGGUGGUUCGAAACGAGCCGUGUACCGGUUUGUGCUGUCGUCCAAAAAGGCUGGCUACUUCCAUUUGCUGGUUAAGACGGACCAGAAGAGUCCCAUGCUUGACUGGCCCGUCAAGGUGAUUCCUGGAGGCUACCAGUUGGGUGGAGAAAAGUACCCUGAUGUCAUGAAGCUGUGCAACGGGUUCAAGACCUUGUUCAAGAGCAAGACUCAGAGAAGAUAG